GUGACACUCCGGACCACUGUUGAGAUCUUUCUUGCACUCCGUAACAGCAACCUUACGCUUCCUCACUAUAUUCGCUCCCUUGAACAACCUUACGAUGAGAUACUGGAUAAAGCCGCGUUGCGUGCUCCGUUGGGUGACAUUCCCCAUUUGGAUGACUAUGUCAUCAACGAUAUUACUCACUUAGGAUGGCGCUGCAGAAAACCGGCAGACGGUCACUCGGAGCAGAAAUGUGACCCGACUACUUGUGAUUAUAUCUGUGGCACAAUCACAGUCAAGCUGUUGCGUGCCCCGACACCUCCCAUGGCCACAUUCGCCAUGAGCCAGGAGAUCUUAAUCGAGGACACAGAUGGGCGCGUGACC